AUGAAAGCUAAGCGGGCAAAGACACCUUGUUUUUACAUUAUUAAAGCUUCAAAAAAAUCAAUUGGAAUGACCGGAGCUACUAGCGAAUUUGAGGAUGAGAUCAAAAAGCUAAAUGAUUACAUCAAAAUUCCGUGCAUUACCUGCCAGAAGCAUCUUAAAGAAGAUUUACUAAUACGACCUUGUAUACUAAAAAGAAUUAUUUGUGCAAGAAAUGUAUUUAGAAGAUUGUUCACAGAAGAUUUUCCAAAAGAGAAUCCGAGAAGUUUCAAAAGAUGGAAGAUACACUGGUCAAAAGAAUUAAACCAAGAUAUGAUUGGAGAGUUGGCAUUUGGUUGGGACAUUGAGGAUUUUAAAAAUGAUAUGGUACAAAGUAAUGACAAAAGCAUCAGUAAUGCAUAUGUCAUUGAACAUGUUAAAUUAGA